UUCUACUAUGACAGUGUGUGUCUGAUGUACGUAUGUGUGCCUGCAUGCAUGGGUAUGAAUAAAAGAGAGACAGAUAGAGCCCAGUUGAUGUUACUCUUAUUGUACAUCUAAAUCUAACCAUUAGAUGUGUUGACCUUGUUUCAUCAUUGUUCUGUUCGUUCCUUAGAGCCAUAGAAGCCUUAGAAGCAGAACUUCCUUAUGAACUAAGGUUUGUCAAGCACUACCUUUUAUCAACAUUCUGGGCAAAACGAUAAAUGUGUAUUUUUGAUAUAAUAGUAGCACAGGGUAUUUAUCUUUGUUUUGUGUUGUCUCAUUUACCCAGUAGCAUUUUAGUUGGGUCUGUCAUACGUCGUUAGCUUCCUGAGUUCUGCCAUUUUUUCAUUAGUGAUAUGAUGAGAUCCGUAUCACCUACACCAAGCUGUGCAUCCAUGAGAAGCGACAUAUCAAAGUACUCUGAGCAAAGCCAGUCACGGAGAAAGGAAUCAGAAGGCAUGAAAAAUUUGGCUGAAAAAAAGAAGUUUCAUGAAGACUUAGUUAACAUCUUCAGGGAAUUGGAGAAUAGAGUGAUAACAUUUAUGAAGCAUGAACUGGAGAGGUUUAAGAAGCUUCUGAGAAAUGACAACAUAAAAUACUAUGACAAGGGAGUAGAUGACAACUAUGAUGCCAGAGAGGGCGCUCUCAACAUUGCACUACAUUUCCUACGGAAGAUGAACCAAAUAGACCUUGCAGACUCCCUGGAGAAAUGUCCCAUUGAGCUGUGUCAGCAAAAGCUAAAAUCAAAUCUGAAGAAAAAAUACAAACGUGUCUUACAAGGAAUAUCACAGCAGGGGAAAUCAGAACUCCUUGAAAAAAUUUACACGGAUCUCUUCAUCACAGAGGGAAGAGGUGAUGUAUUCAGUAGCGAGAAUGAAAUAAGCUGUAUUGAGAAAGCAACCCGAACCCAAGAUACAGAAGAGAAACCAAUUGAGUGCAACAGCAUCUUCCAGCCAUUGCCUGGAGAAGAGAAGGCCAUUAGAUUGGUGCUCACAAAUGGAGUUGCAGGAAUUGGAAAAUCCAUUUCUGUGCAGAAGUUUAUCUUGGAUUGGGCAAAUGGAGUUGAAAAUCAAGAGAUCGAAUUGAUCUUCCCACUUCCCUUCAGAGAGCUGAACUUGAAGAAAGAAAAAUACAGUUUGAUGGAGAUCCUUCACCAGUUUUUUCCUGAAACAAAAGGGAUGAUGUUCACCAAAAGAAAGGACUACAAAGUCCUCUUCAUCUUUGAUGGCCUGGAUGAAUGCAGACAUCCUCUUCAAUUCAAGAAAAAUGAGAUCUGGUCUGACCUAACCACACCAACUUCAAUGGAUGUCCUUCUGACAAAUCUGAUCAAAGGCAAUCUGCUGCCAAAUGCUCUCAUUUGGAUAACUUCCAGACCAGCAGCAGCCAACCACAUACCUCCUGAAUGCAUAGACUUAGUGUCUGAGGUACGCGGCUUUAAUGACGAACAGAAGGAGGAGUACUUCAGAAAGAAGAUCGAAGAUCAGAUGCUGGCUGAAAGAGUUAUCAAACUCAUAAAAGAAUCAAGAAGUCUCUACAUCAUGUGCCACAUUCCAAUCUUCUGCUGGAUCUGUGCAACUGUUUUUGAAACAAUUCUGUUGGAAACAGAAUCCUCAAGGGCAAGUAAACAGCAAAUCCUGAAUACGCUGACACAAAUGUACCUACACUUCUUGAUAUUUCAGACAAAACGUAAGACUGAGAAGUAUGAUGAUGAGAAAUCCAGUUGUUGUGGGUCUCCCCAGUGGGAUGAGAAGGGCACUCGGGCCUUGGGGCAACUGGCUUUUGACAACUUGCUGGACAACAAUCUGAUCUUUUGUGACAGUGAUCUCACAGACUGUGGCAUUAGUGUGGAAGAUGCUUUCGUAUACUCAGGAAUGUGCACUCAGAUCUUCAAGGAGGAUUCCGGGAUACUCUUUGGCACUGCAUUCAGCUUUGUACAUCUGAGCAUCCAGGAGUUCAUGGCAGCAUUGUAUGCACACAUUUGUAUGAGCAAAGACAACAGGAAUGUUUUUGCUGACGAGGACACAUGCUCCGAGAAGGAAACCAACAUGACUGACCUGCUGAAGAAUGCUGUGGACAAGGCCUUGAAUAGCAACAGUGGACAGUUAGACCUUUUCCUGCGCUUCCUUCUGGGUCUCUCACUGGAGUCCAAUCAGAAGCUCUUACCUGGCUUACUGACAUACAGUGAGCGCACAUCUCAGAGCAAAGAGGAAAUAGUGAAACACAUCAAAGAUAAGUUGAAGGAAAACCUCUCAGCAGAGAGAUCAAUAAAUCUCUUCUACUGUCUUAAUGAGUUGAAUGACAAGUCGUUGGUGGAUGACAUCCAAAAUCAGCUGAAGUCUGGCAGCCUCUCCUGUACAAAGCUUUCCCCUGCCCAGUGGUCAGCACUGGUCUUUGUACUGCAGACAUCAGAAAAGGUGAUCGAAGACUUUGACCUUAAGAAGUUUCAAAGGUCAGAUGAAUGCCUGAAGAGACUUCUUCCCGUGGUCAAAACUGCCACAAAAGCUAGGCUGGACAACUGUUGUCUAACUCAAGAGAGCUGUUUAGCUAUUGCAAAAAUCCUCAGCUCUUCAUCUCUGAAGGAGCUGGACCUGAGUGGCAAUGCAAUUAAAGACAUAGGAGUGGAGAUUCUGGCCUGCGAACUUCAAAAUCCACAGUGCAAACUUGAGACCCUGAGGCUUUCAAAAGGCAGCAUCACAGGUGAAGGAUAUGCCCUUCUUGCAUCAGCCUUGAGAAGAAACCUCCACCUGAAAGAGUUGGAUAUGGGAGGGAAUGACCCUGGUGACUCUGGAGUGAAAUUGUUGACAGGUUUACAGAAGGAUUCCAUCUGCAAACUGGACACCGUCAGGUUUUACUUCAUUUCCCAUUGUGACAUUUUUUUCAAACCAUCAAUCCGUACUUGUUCACGUGUCACUAUCUGUCUAUUUUAAUUAUUUGUGCAUGUGAAAGCGAAAGUGAAAAAAGAAAGCCCAUUGGGAAACUCCAACUCCCAUUGUCAUUGUGACACAGCACUCCACAGCACACAAGUGAACACU